CUGGCUUACUGCAAUUGUGACUAGCUCAAGUUACGUGGAGGAGUUCCCGAACAAUGGCGGUCUCCAAUGCAGCUUUCCGGUUCGCUGCCGGGCUUCUCACGUUUCUGGUCUCCGGCGGUUUCCGCGCUUGGGCCGAACCCACUGUGACCGCAGUAACUGAGCCCGUCGUGCAUGGUGAGGGCCCCCACUGGGAUGCAGAAACUGGUGUUCUGUUCUUUGUCGACAUUGACCAGCAACGCGUCAAUAAAUAUGAUCCAGCUACCAACAAAGUGACAUACGCACAGUUUGUUGGAGGUGGAGUAAGUCUUGUGAUACCAGUCAAAGGAACAAGAGCUCAGGAACUACUGACAACUCGUGGUCACGAUGUAAUAGUUUUCAGCUGGAACCAGGAAAAUGCGAGGUUCGACAGUUCAGAGAACAGCAAGAAUUUAUCAGUGAUUGCAAGAGUAGAAACAGAUGCAGAUAAAUCUGGAAACCGUUGGAACGACGGGAAAGCUGACGCCAAGGGCCGUCUGUGGGCAGGCACAAUGGGCCCCGAGCCGGUAGUCGGCUCCGUGACACCAGAUCAAGGUUCAUUCUAUCUGCUGCAAGCAGGAAGUGAUCCCAUAACCGAAAUAUCGCCAGUGAGCAUUUCCAACGGUCUGGCAUGGAGCGAAGAUAACACUCAGUUGUAUUACAUCGAUACAGCUACUGGCCAAGUCGACGUCUUCGAUUUCGAUCUGGAGAGGGCCAAGAUCGCUAACAGGAGGAAAGUUUUCAAUCUUGCCGAAAAUGGCGUCAAAGGGCACCCAGACGGCAUGACGAUUGAUUCUGAAGGAAAUUUAUGGAUUGCUGCUUUCGACGGCAGCCAGGUUAUCAACGUGGACCCUGACUCGGGUGAACUGAUACGCAGUGUGCCAAUCCCGGCCAGCCGAGUCACAUCUGUUACGUUCGGAGGCCCCAAUUUGGACAUCCUGUACGUAACUACGUCCCGACUAGGUCUUUCCGAGGUGGAACAGGAGCAGCAGCCAUUGGCAGGCUCUGUGUUCGCUGUCACUGGUCUGGGGGUAUCCGCCCUGGCACCCGCCAACAACGUUAUUCCUCCCGUCUAGAUUAACAAUUUGUGUUCGGAAUUGCUGUGAGCAGUACUAUAGAACGAUUUUACUACACCGUUCAGCGUGACUCAAAUGUUUCGGUCAAUUAAUGACAAUCUUCAGAAGGCAAAUAAUAACACGUUAAAUAAAUCAUAGUUCAUCAAGUUCAAAGUUGUUCGAAGAUUUUAAUCAUGCUAAAAUGUGGGGAGCUAAAAUAUUAAUAAAAUUCUUAAAAUGUAAAAUCUUAAACCGCUAAGGUUCAUAUCUUCGUGCCCCUUCUAUCAACGGGAGAUUGGCUAGAUUGCCACCUUUGCAGGUCUGGGUAGUGUUUUUUCUUCUUAUAUAGUUGGUUAAGAGUCUGUAGUUGAUGUUGAGCUUCUCCUUUCCUUGUUUGUUGAGGCACUGUGCCUCAGCAAACACACAAACAAGUAAAAUAAUUCUAUAAUAUUGACUAGUGUGACAGCCCAGAAUGAAUAAAGUUAAACUUUUUUUGAGCAAAUUUCUCUGCAGGUGGAGCCGACAGUUUUAUGUGGUUUCUAGUGAAAGCUACAUUACUGAUCUUACUUUCAAGUCGUUAGAGGGACAGCCUGCGCGUACAUUUCCCCGCUGAGUUAGUCACGCAACCAACUCCACUAUAGAAGGAUUAAAAUGAACUAAACUGGAGAACGCCUAAUAAGCCGUAUUAUCCUCCAACUAAGAGAAACCGAUGCAAAUAGAGAUAGAACCUUGAUUGUUCUUAUUUACGGAAACACUGAGCAUCAAAGUACCAAGCAUAAGGGUUAGUUUACGAACAUUAAGACGAUGUUUUAAUUUGCACAGAAAAGUGGGUAAGCUUUAGUAAUUUUAUUGUCAUAUUUUCGUUGGACGAUAACAGGUCUAAACGUGAGGAAUUAUCUAACAAGGGAAUCGAAAUAUUAUAUAGAUUCUGAAAUUUAGUUCAAAGAAGCUGAAAAAUUAAAAUUGUUAAAAAGAAAGAAAAUCCUUUCGUCAUAAUCCUCUGUCAUAAUAGUCAAAUUUGAGCACCGAAACAACAUGGCAACGUGACAAAAUAAAAUUUGAAAUGCAAGAUGGAAGGCAGGGCGCAAUGUUGCCCACAAAAACAAUAUUUUGGAAACGCUCAAAACUGAGCCUUUAGAAGAAGAAUUCCAUGCAUAUAUACUAUAACCGGUUUCAACAUGUCUUUCGAACGAAGGACUGCAUCACUGUGAGACAGCUCCUGAACUCGUGUCCAGCUGGAAGACGUCGUGAGGGCCUGGAUCGUUACAAACUGCCCUUAGAUGGUCUAACCUUGCAGUCAAAUUGAAGUAAUUAAGUGAACUAUUGACACAAUAUAACGUAACUUUUAUCAGAAACCGCAUGUUAAACAGUUUUCUUUACUUUGUUUUAUUGAUUAUAGUAAUUAUCGUAAUUAGUAAUUCGUAUAUAUUUCUUAUUGUAGUAUUUAAAAUUGUAUAAUCAGUGCUAGAGCUAAAUAGCUACGAGCAUAAUCUGAAAAUGUAAGCCACUAAUGCGUUUUCCUUAGUAAACACUUCAUACUGUA